AUGUUUUGGAUACGCUUCAGUUUGCUCGUUCUACUAGCCAUUUCUUCCGACGCCUUCUACGUGAAGAACCAAAAUGCGUCCGAACUUUCGGAAGGCCCGGUGACUGCGGAAUUGCGCUCGAAGGUUGAUAGAGGAAUUAGAGUGAAUGAUGUAAAAAUAACAGGCGAUUACAGAAGGAUAGUAUCGAAUUGUUCGGUCAGAGUGUCGAAGUGCCGACCUGGAUGAAUACUGCAGCUGAGAAAACAAGGGGAAUGUUUGACUCGGCGACAGGUCUAUUCGGAAAGGGCACAGUAAGUAUAUAAUAGCGACUGGUGGGAGGGGCCAUAUUGACACACCCGUCUUUAGGCCACGUCGCGCAAAUCGUCGGACGGCUUGAUGACCGGGCUGAAGAAGGAUGAGGCGACACGGAUCAUGUUUGCAGUCUACCUCAACAUACUGGCCAUCAUUCUCAUCUACGUUUUCAUCACUAUCAAGCUGGUAGCGCAUUGAUAACAGAGACGGCGGAAAGUAAAGUGGAAUGCUCUUUCAGGCGCUCUUAUCGCUCAACGAGGGACAGGAGGAGCGUCGAAAGCGAAGUGCUUUCAGCUCGCAUGUUGCGUUCGACGCGCCCGACUAUAACCUGCCGCUGACCAGUAUCGCGACAAGGAAUGUCAGACCGAGUGCUCCGAUGACUAUCGAUAAUCCGAUGGCGGAGUUCGAGAUGGCGAGGGAAGUGAGAGAGGAGGAAGUGCUACAGGCCGUUGACCGACUCGAUUAUGAUGCGGUUCCCUCUACCGAACGCGACGAAUCAUUCUAA